CAGUUGUUGUUUUUUUUAAACACGGAAAUUUCAGUUGGCAAUCUCGAAAUGCAAAACUGGCUCGCGUGCUGCUUUUAACAACGUGAAGGUGUUUUUCUGGGUGCUUUUCUGCCAGGAUCUCGACGCGGUUGCCCGUACGACACGAGCCGUGUAGCAGGGUGAGGUCGACUUUUAACAACAGAUUCCCCUGGGAUAUAUUUUUUGACUGAUGGACUUGGGAGGAGGAGGCUGCUACUCUUGUAAUUCUAAACCAUCCAGUCAUCAAGUUGCUACACUGUGGCUUCACUGCAACGAGGACAACAGGAGAGAAACAUCACCUGGUCGUCUAUGAUCCAUUUUAUGAGGAUACACUGCUGUUUCUGCCGGAGAGUUUCUUUAUGCAACAACUACUGAGCUGAGCCGGUAAACCUGCGCUGAAAAUUAUUGGUUAAAGGAAUAAUGCCCCAGCCCACAGACAUGAUCAGUGUUGGAUUCCUGUCCGAGUCAGAGCAGGAGCUCAUCCUGGAGGUGUUGCGACGGGAUGAGGAACUGAGGCAGGCUGAGGAGCAGCGUGUGCGGAAGUUGAAGACAGAGCUGCUUGAUAUAAAGAGGAGGGGAGCCAAACGUGGCAGUGGAAGAUACAGUCAGCGCAGUUGUGGCAGAUGCCAGACACCUAUGAGUCGGCUGUCGAUUUCCUCCAGCCAGUGUAAGAUGUGCAACCACAAAGUGUGCAGCAGCUGCCGAAUAGUCCUCCCGGACGGAUCCUGGCUGUGCAGUGUGUGUGCCAAAGAGUCGGAUAUUAAGAAAAUGACGGGUGACUGGUUCUUCGAUCAAAGAGUGAACCGUUUCUCCACAACGCCUGGACACGACUUAGUGAGAGUCUCCAUGAAAAAGGACCCUCAGUUGAAGAAGCGCGAGACAACAGGAGAGAUGCUACUGAAAAAUGCUGAAAUAAAACCAGACCAGCCGUACCCUGUGCCUCGAGCCAGACAGAAAAAUCAGACGGAUAGCAAAGGUCAUCAAAGCAAUAACUCAGGAUCGUUAGCUUUAAGGGAAUCACUUGAAUCUAAGGAGGAUGUCGCGCCAAAGCAAACACGCAGUGACACGGAGUCUGCAGAAAAUGGCAGCUUAAUAAGCAGUCAAACUGAGACCGAGUCCAGCCAUGUGACCCCCGAGCCACCACGGAGGGAGAUACGCUCACGGUAUCCCAGCCCAGAUGGAGCCAGUGUUUCCAGCCUGACCAUCCCAGUGAAAACAAAUCUAGUCAGCGAUGACAGCUCCGGCACAGAAGCUAACGCUGCCCCCGAGGAAACAUCCGUCAGUCAGAGCCCCGAGUUGGAAGUUGAUCGACUCUUCAAAAAGAGCAUCAAACGAGCCCAAGGGCCUUCUGAGUUUGUGUCAACACUGGACCUGCGUAAUAGACCUGAGACACCAGAGGCCUCGAUGGGAAACAGAAGCCGUUCUGUACCAGGUCUAGACAUACAGGAAGACAGAGAGGAGGAUGAAGAUAUUGACAGCUUGGUUAACUUUCAUAAAAGGACGCUGGCUACGAGCUCCUCCAGCCUGCAAAGCUCGAAGAGCACAUUGGGCAGCCUGAUGAGUAUUUACAGUGAAGCCGGAGACUUUGACAGCGUGGAGGUGAGCGGAGACAUCACUUUCUCCUUGAGCUACGAUGAACAAAUCCAGAGCCUCCAGGUCGUCAUCAAGGAGUGCCACGGGCUGGCUCACGGCGAUACCACACGGCACCUUUCCAACCCUUAUGUGAAAUGUUAUCUACUUCCUGACAAAUCUCGCCAGAGCAAGAGGAAGACCGGCAUCAAGAGAAACAGUGUGAACCCAGUUUACAAUGAAACGCUGAAGUACUCCAUCGGUCGCUCCCAGCUCUUCACCCGCUCUAUGCUCAUAUCAGUGUGGCAUCAUGGUCGCCUCAGCCGCAACACCUUCCUGGGGGAGGUGGAGAUCCCUUUGGACAGCAGAGACCUUAGCUCCCCAUACGAGGAGCGCAUGGCUCUCAUGGCGAAGGCCUCCUAUGCUGUGCCAGCUUCUUCUUUUGUUCAAAACAAAGGAGAGUUGGUGAUCUCUCUGAAGUACGUCCAACCUAAAAAGCCAACAGCUGAGAGAGUAAAAGGAAAAAAGCAGCUGGCUGAGGAAGGAGGAGAACUGCAUGUUCUAAUUAAAGAGGCGAAGAAUUUGAUGGCAAUGAAACCAGGAGGCACCUCAGACAGCUUUGUGAAGGGGUACUUGUUCCCAACCAAGGCCAAGACCACAAAGAGGAAGACUCCGGUUGUGAAGAAAAAUCUGAACCCCCACUAUGACCACACAAUUGUGUACAAGGAUCUGACUCUGGAGCAGCUCAAGGGGAUGUGUCUGGAGCUGACGGUGUGGGACAGAGAGAGGCUGAGUAACGAAUUCCUGGGAGGAGUUCGUCUCAGCUCUGGAAACGCCACUGUCAAAAUGGGAAAAGAGGAAGUUGAAAUGGACUCAUCUGGCGAGGAGGUCAGUCUUUGGCAUAAGAUGAUGCAGUACCCCGACUCCUGGGCAGAGGGCACCCUUCUACUGCGCUCAUCUAUGGAAAAGGCUACGAGCAAAUGAGGACAGCCCAGGCCCAGAUCCAUGGCCAAAAGGUGGAUGAAAAGUACACAACAAACAGCUGAUUGGCUGUACGCAGAAAUGCAGUUCAUUGGCCAGCUGGAUACCAAACACCUGUACACACCGGUCUCGUUCUAUGGGGUUAAUUUUAGCCCGGACCCCCAGACUGGUCAGAAAUGUGCGUAAUGUGUGUAUUUAUUUUAAGAGCAUUUAUGUUGUCAUUUUAUGUAUUUUUAAAUAAAAUUAUUGAUAGUUAUAUAACAUCAAUCAAAUGCCUGCACAGCACUUAGCAUAGACCCACAAUAUGUUACCCCAUUCUCUUUAACUGUGUACAGAAUUAUACUUAAACGUGGGAAAACAAGUUACUGUUAACAGACACUGUUGUGCACUGUUUAAUAUACACAGUUAUAUUUUACAUAAACACUCAUGUCAAAAGAUAUAUUUAUACAAGUUUUACUUUUUAUUAUAAAAUGUGUCUUUUUGCGGAUAUAAAUGUACACUCAAUAAAACCAGACAAAUUAAAAACA